AUGGGGUGUUUCCCUUGCUCGGCAGAACAAUCAAGUAAGAAAUCAGAGGAAAAGAGAAAAAAUAACUGCAACUACAAUCAGGGUAGAAGAGAUGAUCAAGCAAGAUCAAAUACAGAUGCAUUGAAGGCGAGCUCCGAUAACGGUGUGAAGGAGACAUCCAAAGGCAUAAAUAAGUCUGCAGUUGAAAAGAAGAUGGAUGCUAGUAGCAGCCCUUCUCACGAUACGGAGAUAAAUGGUAUUAAUGCACGGAAAUUUUUAUUUGCUGAAUUGGAGGCUGCAACAAAGAAUUUCACAAAAGAUUAUGUUCUGGGUGAGGGAGGUUUCGGAAAAGUCUACAAAGGUCAUAUUGACGAUGCUAAACAGAUUGUAGCAAUCAAGAAACUCGACCUCAAUGGACGUCAAGGGAUUAGGGAAUUUGCAGUCGAAGUAUUGACAUUAAGUAGAGCCGACCACCCUAAUCUUGUUAAAUUAAUUGGUUACUGUGUUGAAGGAGAUCAACGGCUAUUAGUCUAUGAAUACAUGCCACUAGGUUCGCUUGAGGACCAUUUAUAUGACCCACAUCCCAAUAAAAUAUCACUUGAUUGGAAUAUAAGAAUGAAAAUAGCAGCUGGUACAGCAAAAGGCUUAGAGUAUUUGCAUGACAAGAUUAAACCACCUAUUAUAUAUCGUGAUCUGAAAUGCUCUAACAUUUUGCUUGGGAAAGGAUAUCAUCCUAAAUUAUCUGAUUUCGGUUUGGCAAAAGUGGGCCCCUCUGGAGAUCGGACACAUGUUUCGACCAGAGUAAUGGGCACUUACGGUUACUGUGCACCAGAAUACGCAAUGACGGGAAAACUGACAUUCAAAUCAGAUAUAUACAGCUUCGGGGUUGUUCUUUUGGAGAUAAUUACGGGCAGGAAAGCCAUUGAUAAUACACGGAGUGGUGCUGACCAGAAUCUGGUUGCAUGGGCUCAACCAUUAUUCAAGGAUAGAAAGAAAUUCCACCUAAUGGCUGACCCCGCUCUCGAUAGUCAAUAUCCUAAAAGAGGCUUAUACCAAGCCCUCGCAAUUGCUGCAAUGUGUAUCCAGGAGAAACCUAAAAUGCGGCCUCUCAUUUCCGAAGUCGUUACAGCAUUGGAAUAUCUUGCCUCCCGGACAUAUGAUCCUGAUGACCUUUUUGUGCAACACCUGAAAGAUGAAAACACUUCUGUGCUGAUAUCCUUGAAUAAGAUCCUUGCCAAGUACAUAGCCGAGUUCUUUUUUGAAGGCCUUUUCAAGAAAACAAUGGAAUCGAGUUUUUCAGGGGGGUCACUUUUCCACGGGCACACUGAUGUGAUUCCUUGUGACGCUUGUAAACACCAAUUAUGUCUCCUCUUUUCAUCGUAUUUUGUUGUGUUCAUAAUACAAGAAAGGCUUCUGGCAAGGGUGCUUGCUCACAGACCUCGUAUUGAAUGCAUAUGCUGUGUAAUCAGCUCUUCGAUACCAUUUGAGAAAUGUUCGUCUUGGCAUUUCCAGUUCUCUCGGGGAAAUGAUUCCUCAAAUGAUUUGAACCAUGAAGCCCCACGAGACAGAGAUUGA